AUGAACCUCCAUCGCCAGGAUGGACAUGCGACAUCGAUCCAUAAGACUGACACCGUCAUUGGAAAGAAGGAAGAGAAGUCCGAUGCUGAACCCGCCAAACUCGAGGAUGAACGACGCUGUAGUGAGCGGCCGGCUACCGAAAAUGCAUCGUUCACAAGCCCCAUCAACCCCAUGGACUGGAACGAUCCCGAGGACCCUGACAACCCGCACAACUGGCCUACAUGGAAAUUGGCUUAUCAUACGAUGAUACCAGCCCUCUUUGGAUUUACUGUCACGUUUGGGACAUCAGUGUAUACACCCGCACUCGCGGACGUUAUGCGUGACUUCGACGUAUCGCGCACGGCUGCGCUCAUCGGCAUAACGCUUUACACACUCGGCCUAGCGUUUGGUCCUAUCGUCACCGCACCUCUUAGCGAAAGAAAAGGCCGAAAGGUCGUCUAUCUGUUAUUCUUCCCUAUAUUCAUGCUAUUUACGCUCGGUGCAGGAUUCUCAAAAACGUACGCAGGCCUGGUCACAUGUCGACUUUUCGCAGGAUUGUUCGGAAGUCCAGCGCUUGCUGUUGGUGCCGGAACGAACGCCGAUCUGUUUCCACCACAUAAGCGUGCCUUGACUACGAGUUUCUUCUUGAUGGCCCCUUUCGCUGGGCCGUCUAUUGGGCCUGUAGUCGGAGGAUUCGUGGCACAAUACAAGACAUGGGAGUGGACUCAAUGGUGUAUUCUCUUCCUUUCCGUUUUUGUAUAUGCCUUUGCUAUACCGAUGGAUGAGACCUAUAAGCCAAUCAUCUUGAAGAAGAGAGCGAAGAAGCACGGACUGGAGAAGAAACAAGAGAACGGGGACAUCAAGCGCGAAAUAAUCAUGAGGUUUAUCCGGCCUCUUCACAUGCUUUCAACAGAGCCUGUAGUCUUUUUCGUCUCUCUUUACACAGGUUUCGCAUUUGCGGUGCUGUUUCUCUUCUUUGCAGCUUUCCCCUAUGUCUUCCAACGUCCGCCUUAUUCCUUUACACCCUCUCAGUCUGGUCUCACAUUCAUACCCAUCAGUAUUGGCGUAUUCGUUGGAGGUAUGACUACCAUUGUAAUAGAUCGCACGCUCUACCGGAAGAAACAUCAACAGGCCAUAUUGAAAGGUAACUCGAACGCUGACCCGGAACAUCGCUUGUAUAGCGCAAUGUUGGGUAGCUGGGGCAUGGUCAUUGGUCUUUUCUGGUUUGGCUGGUGUGCCGACAAAGGAGUUCAUUGGGCUCCCACUGUGGUAGGAGUUAUACCCUUUGCGUGGGGCAAUAUUUGCGUCUUCACGUCCUCUGCGUUGUAUCUUGCAGAUGUAUAUGGUGCGAUGAACGGCGCGUCAGCUAUAGCGGCGAAUGGGAUCGUUAGGUACACGCUUGGGGCUGUCUUUCCCCUCUUUACCGUGCAAAUGUACGAUGCUCUCGGAGUUGGCUGGGCGACUUCCCUCCUUGGCUUUCUGGCUUUGGCUAUGACACCUAUCCCAUUCGUGUUCUUCAAAUUCGGGCCCUCUAUUCGUGCGAAAAGCAGAUAUCCUGUGGCCAUGUAG